AUGUCAUUUAAAUACGAACGAUUUCUUAUUGACGCUAUUGAACGAUUUGAUUUACGUAAAAUUAUCGAUUGCGUUAAACAUGGUCAUAAUAUUCAUAUUAAAAACAAUAUUGGACAAAAUUUACUUAUCCAUCUACUCAAACAGCAAAAAUCUCAGGAUCCUCUAUACGAAGCAAAACGCCUUAAAAUAUUUCAAUAUUUAAUAUUAGAAUGUAAAAUUGACGUAAAUAUAGUCGAUUAUUAUAAUAAAAAUCUUUUCAAUUGGGCAACAAAUCUUAAUUGUACACAAGAAGCUCUUUAUUUACUAGAUGCAUAUCCAGGUGAACUUAAUAUACUUAAAAUAGAUAAUUUAGGCUUAUGUUCAUUACAUUAUGCAAUUGAACAUGGAAAUGAGGCUAUUGUACAUGCUAUUGUCCGUUAUUUUGUUCGAUACCGUAUAAGAUUCGAUGUAAAAGAUAGCUAUAACAAUACACCAGAAGAAUUAGCUGCAAAGCUUGGUUAUUUUACUCUGGCAGAAUAUUUAUCUCAAGCAAAUAGAUCAACAAUGAUUCUUUCAAGAGAUAUUUCAUUUUUACAACAUCGUCCAUCAUUAGAUCGAUUGAAAACAACGGGAACGUUUCGAGCGAAAACAACACAAACAAAUCGAUUGAGAACUACAACAACACUAAAUACAAAAACUAAUAUGACAUCAUUAUCAUCAUACGAAUCAUCAGCUGUAUUCGUACUUGAUUCAUUGGAAAUUUAUAAUUUCAUUGAAUCGAGAAUCGAGAGAGCAAGAAACUUCAAUGAUUGGAAAACAGUUGCAAAACUGAGAACAUUAACAAAAAGUUUAACUGAAAAAAAUUUUCAUCUACUACCUGUACCAACUCUUCAAACUAGUAAAAAGUCAACAGUACCUACUCGUUCGCAAUAUCUUCCGAAUCGUUUGCCAUCAAUUAGUGAAUCAACACACAUGUUACAUUUAUUAGAACCACAAGUAUCGUCAUCAUAUCGUAUACCAUUCGUACCUAUUUGUGCAAAGCCAAUUGCUCCACUAGUUUUUCAUCCAGGACAGCCGCCAUCAUCAAUGCAUAAAAUGUCCAUAGCAUCGUCACGUCGAAUGUCUUCGGUAAUGAGUAUUCGGAAACGUGAUUCAAAUACAACUCAAUCGAGUUUUGGAGCAAGACGAGAAAGUACAACUCGUUUAUCUUUCACACGAACUAAUAAACAAACUAAACAACCAAUGGUUGCAUGA